AAACUCUGCCACACCCUCUUUAAUUGGGAUGGCCCUUUAGGAUUUGUAUUUUCUCUCUCUCUCGCUCUCCCGUCCCUUUCGGCGCUUGCCCGGCGAACUUUUCGGGUCGAGUCCCAGACCGAACUUCUCGGUUACGGCGACGCGUGUCAGGUCUGGUUCCUUUUCCGGCGCUACCUCUGUAGCAACUCAAAAACACAACCUUACUUUACUACUCAAAUCUUCGAUUGUUCGCCAAGUUCUUUUUUUUUUUGAAGAUUGGUGGGUGUGUUUUUAACUAUUCAGGUCUUGCACAUUAAUGGGCUACAGUGUUUAUACAGUGAAUUUUGUUAAAGACUAACUUGUCUAGUUGUCUUUUGGUGUUUGUGAGUACUUUUUUCGUUGCUGUGUGAAAAUUUGAAGUACGGAGAGAAAGAGGAAAGUGGGUUUUGCUGUUGCUUGGGAUUCCUUUACUUUUGUUUUUGUUCCUUUUGUUUUUGUCCGACGUAGCUAAUGCAAGUGCAUUCUCUGUUUUGUUCUUUCUAACCUUCUAAGUUUUUUUUAAUAAUCUGUAACCUCUCACUCUGUUCGUUGUCCUUUUUGGCUUCUCUUCACCACACAGAGCUUCACUGUGGUCUCUGUUCGCACAGAAACUUUGUGUGUGUGAGAGUGAGGUAGAAUGCUAUACACGCUAGUCCUUUUUCUUCUAUGCGCUACUGCCCUUGUGUAUGCUCUAGACCCAGUUUUCAACGAUGACGUUUUAGGCUUGAUUGUGUUCAAGGCGGGUCUGCAAGACCCAAAAGCCAAGCUCGCAUCUUGGAACGAAGACGAUGACAGUCCCUGCAACUGGGUCGGAGUCAAAUGCGACCCGAGAACCAACCGGGUCUCUGAGCUCGUCCUCCACGGGUUCUCUCUCUCCGGGCACAUCGACCGGGGCCUCCUGAGGCUGCAAUUCCUUCAAACUCUGUCACUGUCCAAGAACAACUUCACGUGGACUAUAAACCCUGAUCUUGCUCGCCUUCGGAGCUUACAAGUUAUUGACUUGAGUGAGAACAACCUCUAUGGAUCGAUCCCAGAUGGCCUUUUUCAACAAUGUGGAUCGUUGAGAGCGGUUUCAUUUGCCGGAAACAAUCUCACUGGAAAUAUUCCCGACUCUUUGAGCUAUUGCUCGACAUUGGUGUCUGUAAACUUCUCGUCUAAUCAGCUUUCUGGGAAAUUGCCGGCUGGAUUAUGGUUUUUAAGGGGGCUUCAGGUGCUUGAUUUGUCAGAUAAUUUGCUGGAGGGAGAGGUUCCUGAAGGAAUUGAAGCUUUGUAUGAUUUGAGAGCGAUAAAUUUAAGCAAGAACCGGUUCUCCGGGAAGCUUCCGAGGGAUAUUGGAGAUUGUUCUGUUCUAAAAUUGGUUGAUUUUAGUGAGAACAACUUUUCAGGGAGCCUGCCAGAGUCGCUGCAGAGACUUAGUUCAUGUACUUCUCUGAGUUUGCAGGGAAAUUCCUUCACAGGAGAAAUUCCAGAUUGGAUUGGAGAGUUGAGAGGCCUUGAGACGUUGGAUCUUUCUUCGAAUAGGUUUUCCGGGUGGAUUCCGAUUUCGAUAGGAAAUCUUCAAUUACUGAAGAAUUUAGACUUGUCCAUGAACCAGUUGACCGGGAGCUUGCCAGAGUCAAUGUCAAAUUGCAUUAACCUUUUGGCUAUGGAUGUUAGCCAUAAUCACUUGGCAGGCAAUCUUCCUUCCUGGAUUUUUAAGCCAACUGUACAAAGUGUUUCACUUCCUGGAAACGGAGUCAAUGGAAAUGUGCAAUAUUCAUCGCUCACAUCGAUAGCAGCGUUUUAUCAAGGUCUUCAGGUCUUGGAUUUAUCUUCCAAUGCAUUGUCUGGUGAAAUUCCAGUUAACAUUGGGACACUUAGUUCCUUGCAGUUCUUGAAUAUUUCCAGGAACCAACUUUUUGGUACUAUUCCGGCUGGCAUAGGUGAAUUGAAAUCUAUAUACGUUCUUGAUUUAAGCAACAAUCGACUAGAUGGAAGCAUUCCUUCUGAAAUCGGAGGAGCAGUUUCACUUAAGGAGCUGAGGAUCCAGAAGAACUUUUUAACUGGGAAAAUUCCUAUCCAAGUUGAGAACUGCUCAUCUCUAACAUCUUUAAUCCUAUCUCAGAACAACCUCACUGGCCCAAUUCCUGCAGCCAUUUCAAACCUCAGCAAUCUUCAAUAUGUCGACUUAUCUUUGAAUGAACUCUCUGGAAGGUUACCGAAAGAGCUGACAAAUCUUUCCCACCUAGUUUCUUUUAAUGUCUCCCACAACCACCUUCAAGGUGAGCUACCUGUGGGGGGCUUCUUCAACACUAUCUCUCCCUCAUCUGUCUCUGGUAAUCCAUCGCUAUGUGGUUCUGUUGUUGGUCGCUCCUGCCCUGCUGUGCAUCCUAAGCCUCUUGUUCUUAAUCCUAAUUCUUCCAACUCCUCUCCUGCCAGUUCUUCCUCUCUGAAUCAUCACAGAAUUGUACUCAGCAUCUCCGCCCUCAUUGCCAUUGGUGCAGCUGUAUUCAUUGCCCUCGGUGUAAUAGCUAUUACAGUCCUGAAUAUCCAUGCGCGGUCUUCAAUGUCACGCCCUGCUGAACCUCUUUCAUUUCCAGGAGGGGAAGAUUUCAGUUGUUCCCCCACGAGUGAUCCAAACUAUGGCAAGCUUGUCAUGUUUUCUGGUGAUGCUGACUUUGUCAUGGGAGCUCAUGCACUUCUCAACAAGGACUGUGAACUUGGUCGAGGUGGAUUUGGAGUUGUUUACCAAACAGUCCUUCGAGAUGGGCGUUCAGUUGCAAUCAAAAAGCUAACAAUCUCAGGUUUGAUCAAGUCCCAAGAAGAUUUUGAGAAGGAAGUGAAGAAACUCGGAAAGAUCAGGCACCAUAAUCUUGUGGCCCUUGAAGGGUUUUACUGGACUCCAUCUCUGCAACUCCUUAUUUAUGAAUACAUCUCCUGUGGGAGUUUGUAUAAGCAUCUCCAUGAUGGAUCCAGUGGAAACUGCCUCACUUGGCGGCAGAGGUUCAACAUUGUUCUAGGGAUGGCAAAAGGUUUGGCCCAUUUGCACCGAUUGAACAUUAUUCACUACAACCUGAAAUCAACAAAUGUUCUAAUAAACAGCUCCGGUGAGCCAAAAGUCGGAGAUAUCGGCCUUGCGAGGCUGUUGCCAAUGUUAGACCAUUGUGUUUUGAGCAGCAAAAUCCAAAGUGCUCUUGGGUACAUGGCUCCGGAGUUUGCAUGUCGAACUGUGAAAAUCACCGAGAAAUGCGAUGUCUAUGGGUUUGGGGUCUUGGUUUUGGAGGUGGUAACAGGAAAAAGACCUGUAGAAUAUAUGGAGGAUGAUGUGGUGGUGCUCUGUGACAUGGUGAGAGAGGCAUUGGAGGAAGGGAAGGUGGAGGAUUGUGUUGAUGGGAGGCUCAGCCGUAAUUUUCCAGCAGAGGAGGCAAUUCCAGUUAUAAAGCUUGGUUUAAUAUGUGCCUCUCAGGUUCCAUCAAACAGACCAGAUAUGAGUGAGGUGAUCAAUAUUCUAGAGCUCAUCCAGUGCCCUUCAGAAGGCCAGGAGGAAUUAGGGUAAAUGUCAAGUUGUAGAGGUUGAGAAAAGGCAACAUAUAAUUCAAACUCCGGUGAAGAUAUAUCCGACUUGUUUGUUUUACCCAAUACAUGAAAAAGAAUAGAUUGUUGAAGGUCCAGUUCUUCACAAUCAUUUGUUUCUUGUUUAAUUUUGUUUCUUCUUUUUAUUGAUUUUCUUCAGUUGUAUUACCGGAUUGCUUUUCACCGGUUUCAUAUGGAAAUGGAACUGAUCAAAUAUUGUUAAGAUAUCAA